AUGGCUGGAGGACCGAUUCAGUUCUGGAGGGAAUGGGCGACCCAAAUCCUCGUUCUACUUAGCUUCGCUCUGCAGAUUUUCCUCUUCCUCUUUGCUAGGACCCGUCGGCGUGGACCCUCUGCCGUGCUGAAGAUCCUCCUCUGGUUGGCGUACCUCAUGGCUGAUUCAACCGCUGUCUACACCCUGGGACAUCUUUCCAUCAAUGGCUCAUUGCGCGAGCAUGAGCUGGUGGUGUUUUGGGCGCCCUUCCUGCUCGUGCAUCUAGGUAGCCAGGAUACCAUCACUGCCUACGCCCUCGAGGACAACAAGCUGUGGCCACGCCACCUGCUAAAUCUUGGCGUCCAAGCCUUUGGGGUUGCUUAUGUUCUCUAUAAGCAUAUCGCCGAGAUCCCAACCUUGCUGGGAUUGGCUACUGGCUUGAUGUUCGGCAUUGGUCUCAUCAAGUAUGGGGAGAGGAUAUGGGCCCUCAAGUGUGCCACCCUGGAUAGCAUUCGGAGCUCUAUCAGAGAACCUCACACUCUCGGUACUUACUACCGUUACCUUGAACCAAAGGGAAUAGGCUGCGAUGAAGAAGAGCUCCUGCUUUAUGCUCAAGACAUGCUCCCCCUUUGCAAGGGUGCUAUGGUUGAUUCUUCUGUGGCUUUGUUUAUGUACGAAUCUUCAACUAGUUUGGGCUUCUCCAAAUGUUAUGUAGAGAACUGGAACUGGAAAGCUACCUACAAGGUGGUGGAGAUGGAGAUAUCCCUGAUGUAUGACAUCAUCUACACCAAGGCGGCGGUGAUCCACACUUGGUACGGCUACCUGUUCCGUCUGGUUUCACCCCUGGCCACUGUCUUUGCGUUCGUACUGUUUCAAUUAAGUGUCAAUGAAAAUGGUUACAGCAGAGUUGAUGUUGUUAUCACUUACUCCCUCCGUUCCAAAAUAGAUGACUCAACUUUAUACUAA